UUGAAAAGGUCGAACCAAACCACAGGUGAAAGGAAGCAGAAAAAGGGUUUUAGCUCUCACUACUCUUUACUCAUCCAUGGAGGUCGGAGCGAACUGUAGGGUUUUGGACCAGCCCCGAUUCAUUUGCGCGGCAAUGGGUUUUCAAAAAUCUAAAGAACCCUCAAGUGUUUUUCGAAAUGGUUCCUUUUAUCGUAAGCCCCACAGAAAUUUUGGUUGCAAAGCCAUUCUACAAGAUUUCCAGGUACCGGUGGAAAAGAAGAAAAUCAAUGUUGUAGAUGAGCUCUCAAGUUUGGUGGCUUUGUCUCCCUUAGAUGGUCGUUAUUGGGGUAAGGUCAAGGACUUGGCCCCCUAUCUAAGCGAAUAUGGGUUGAUCUUCUACCGGGUUCUGGUUGAGAUCAAGUGGUUACUGAAGCUAUCGCAAAUUCCUGAAAUCGUAGAGGUCCCAAGAUUCAGUGAAGAUGCUUCUGCUUUUUUACAAGGAUUAAUUGAUAAUUUCUGCGAGGAUGAUGCCUUGGAGAUUAAAAGCAUUGAAAAAGUCACGAAUCAUGAUGUAAAAGCAGUUGAAUAUUUCUUAAAACAGAGGUGUCAAUCACAUCCUGAGAUUUGUAAGGUGCUUGAAUUCUUUCAUUUCUCUUGCACAUCCGAGGAUAUUAACAAUCUUGCCCAUGGACUCAUGCUGAAAGAGUCAUUAGAAAACGUUGUGCUCCCUUUUAUGGACAAGCUGACAAAUGCAAUAAGCACCAUGGCCAAAGAUAACGCUCACAUUCCGAUUCUUUGCCGUACCCAUGGACAGCCAGCAUCACCUUCAACCUUGGGGAAGGAAAUGGCAAUAUUUGCAGUCAGACUAAGUAGAGAAAGGUUGGAAGUUUCUAAGGUGAAGAUAAUGGGGAAGUUUGCUGGUGCAGUUGGAAAUUAUAAUGCGCAUCUUGUUGCAUAUCCAAAUGUUAACUGGCCGAAAGUGGCCGAAGAGUUCGUAAACUCUUUGGAUUUGAGUUUCAAUCCCUACGUAACUCAGAUUGAAACGCAUGACUACAUGGCAAGACUCUUUUUUACCAUUGUGAGAUACAACAACAUCUUGAUUGAUUUUGACAGAGAUAUUUGGAGUUACAUAUCUUUGGGCUACUUUAAACAGAUAACGAAGGCUGGUGAAAUCGGUUCUUCAACAAUGCCUCACAAAGUAAAUCCUAUUGAUUUUGAAAAUAGUGAAGGUAAUCUUGGUGUGGCUAAUGGAGCAUUGGCACAAUUAAGUGAAAAGUUACCUAUAUCUCGGUGGCAGCGUGACUUGACUGAUUCUACUGUUAUAAGGAACAUGGGUGUUGGACUUGGACAUUCUCUUCUUGCCUACAAAAGUACACUUCAAGGAAUAGGAAAGCUUCAGGUUAAUGAGAGUCGUAUCAACGAUGAUUUGGACCAAUCAUGGGAGGUCCUUGCUGAACCAAUACAGACUGUCAUGCGAAGAUACGGUGUUCCGGAGCCUUACGAGAAGCUAAAGGAAUUAACGAGAGGAAAGACGGUGAGCAAAGAAAGUAUAAGGAGGUUUAUUGAAGGGUUGGAAAUACCGAAGGAAGCAAAGACCAAUCUGUUGGAUCUAACGCCUCAGAGCUAUGUUGGGGCAGCGGUUGAAUUGGCCAGGGAUGUAGACAUGGCCUUGAAUCUUGUGAGCAGGGGAGAGGUCUUCUAAACUCUGGGGGGCAGGCCACAUUUUUAAGUAUUUACAAAUUCCACAGUUCUACAAAUUUUGAACAUUUGAGCAUAUAACUUCCAUUCAAGCCUCCCAUAAUAUUUAUGAAGCUUAAUAAAAAAGGCCUGAAGUUUGUGAA